GGCAAAAGCUCCUAACGAGUAGAUAGACGGUCCUGACGAUUAAAGACAGGGUAGAGUAGUUUGACCGCAGGGGUUUCCCGUGCGACAGUGCAGCCGGGGAUCCUUUAUGGCCAGGGGCUUCUGACCAUGUCUGCAGCCGAGGAGGAGGCGAGGCAUCUUCCCCAUUCUUCAGCUGGUUUCGAGACUAAUAUAUUCGCUCUCUGAUGUUUAAGCAACUUUUGAAGGAUGCAGACACGGGCAUUGAGUGCUGUCUUGCUAACAAGGAGACUUCUCAAAAGCCUGCGGAGGAGACGUCGGAUCUUCAAGCAAAUUCUGGCAGCUGGAGUUUCCCGAUAACAGAUAAAAUUAUUUGACCACCAUGAGUUGGAGUUUUCUGACCCGCCUGUUAGAGGAGAUCCACAAUCACUCAACCUUUGUUGGCAAAAUCUGGCUGUCAGUGUUGAUUGUAUUUCGGAUUGUCCUAACUGCUGUGGGAGGAGAAUCCAUUUAUUACGAUGAACAAAGCAAGUUUGUGUGCAACACAGAGCAGCCUGGCUGCGAGAAUGUUUGUUACGAUGCUUUCGCUCCUCUUUCACAUGUGAGGUUUUGGGUCUUUCAGAUCAUUCUUGUUGCCACUCCAUCUGUGAUGUAUUUAGGCUAUGCAAUUCAUAAAAUUGCCCGUAUGGUGGAACACAGCGAAGCCGACAGAAGAAUCAGAAGCAAAAGCUUUUCCAUGCGCUGGAAACAACACCGUGGCUUAGAGGAAACUGAGGAGGACCACGAGGAAGACCCGAUGAUGUACCCAGAAAUAGAGCUGGAAAGUGAACGGGAGAAUAAAGAGCAGCAGGCCCCUGCCAAAGCUAAGCAUGAUGGCAGGCGGCGAAUCCGUGAAGAUGGACUCAUGAAAAUUUAUGUCCUGCAGCUUCUGGCGAGGACUAUGUUUGAAAUCAGCUUUCUCGUGGGUCAGUAUUUUUUGUAUGGCUUUGAGGUCAGCCCCAUAUUUGUGUGCAGCAGGAAGCCGUGCCCGCACAAGAUAGAUUGUUUCAUUUCAAGGCCAACCGAAAAGACCAUUUUCCUGCUAAUAAUGUACGGGGUGAGCUGCAUGUGUUUACUUUUGAAUGUCUGGGAGAUGCUCCAUUUGGGAUUUGGCACAAUCCGAGACACGUUGAACAACAAGAGGAAAGAGCUGGAAGACUCUGGUACCUAUAACUACCCUUUUACUUGGAAUACGCCAUCUGCUCCUCCUGGCUAUAACAUCACGGUCAAGCCAGAGCAAAUGCAAUAUACUGAACUGUCCAAUGCCAAAAUGGCCUACAAACAGAACAAAGCCAAUAUAGCUCAGGAGCAGCAGUAUGGAAGCAAUGAAGAAAACAUUCCUGCCGACCUGGAAAAUCUGCAGAGGGAAAUUAAAGUGGCUCAGGAGCGCCUGGACCUUGCGAUCCAGGCUUACAACAACCAAAACAAUCCCGGCAGUUCCAGAGAGAAGAAAUCCAAAGCAGGCUCAAACAAAAGCAGUGCCAGUAGCAAGUCAGGAGAUGGGAAGAACUCUGUCUGGAUUUAAUGUUGGCUGAGUUUAUAUAUUGUGGUUUUUCUCCUAGUUUGUCAUAACCAGCAACCCCUUGAAUAAUGGCUUCCAUUAAGUAAAUAUUUGACUCUGCUUAUUUUCAGGGAUACCGUUGGCUAGUGAUUCAACCUCUCAGAAAGGGUUUAUAUGCAUAUUCUAGGAUUAUAGAACUUUCUUCUUCUGUCUUCCAAGUCAGGAGACAAAUAGGUAUAUUUAAAUCAUUCUCAUUGAACGGUUUAUGCUGUAUGUACAGUAUUAUAGUACAUUUAUUAUGCACAAUUUUUUGUAUUUGUACACUGGAUCUCUGAUGUUACACUUUUGUAUUAAUGAGGAGAAAGCAAUGGGUAGCUGUUAGCAUUUUGCUAGUUUUAUUACUGUGGUCCGCAGUUCCAUCGUUGUUCUUCCUUGUUUUAAAUGUAAAAAUUUCUAUGCUGCGUUUCAAAAGUGCCUUGGACAUGCACACAGCACAGAGGAGCCUCCGGUUAUCCCGGCAGCCCACGGGUGCCAGUCACUGAGCAGCAGAGCAGUGAAAGAUUUGGAAAACAUCUGUUAAUGGUGCUCUUGACUCUGUCUUUUACAAAACGAUGUGCCACUUAUAAAAUGGAAGUGUCAUACUAUAGCUGUUAUGUGCUAAAGGUUUUUUUUGCCCUAUGGAAAAUCACUUACAGGAAAAAUGUACGUGUGUGAGAGUAUUUGCGUUCAGAGUAAGAGUGCCAGCCAUAACGCAGAGAGGACUCAGACCUCCCUGCAAGCUUUAUGCAACAGGAGGGAAGAGAGGCUUCAAACUCUUGUAAAACAUCCAAAAAAAAAGUAAAUAGAAAUUACUGGAUUCAGUAAUUCCACAUAUUUAUGUGAUAUCUAUGGAAAUGGAUGUUUUCAAGGUCUGUUGUUACAUAACACCCCUCUCCCCAGGGGCAUGAAGUUGUUACAAUACCUUUUGGAUAAGAUUUCUGUCUUUUCCAAAGUAAUCUGGUUAGAUGGAGUCGUGGUGAUUUUGCUUCUCUGUGCAUUACACUCGAGGAAGAACCUUCCUCCCCCCAGCCAGGACACACGAGCUGUCUGUAAGAGUCUUUACAAAGCCCUUUCCAAAUAUCAGUGAUACUGCCUUAUUCCAGACCCCUCUUCCUUCCAUUAUGUCUGAGGAAUUUAGUUCAGACAGAGCAACAUGUAUAAUUUAGAUUUCUGCUUGAGAGACCAGUCAGAUUUGGCAUUCUGUGGUUUUGGCAUUAAACUUGAAUUUAUAAUUAGAAAAAGGAGAAUGCGGUAUUUACUGCCUUUGGCAGUGUCUUUUUGGCAAGGAUGCGCAUUAAUGUUUGAGAGAUGCUGAUAAAUGUGUAUGCUUUUUGCUACUAUUUAUAAUGUAUUCAGGACCUUGCUCCGCUCUCUUUUUUUGUUAGGUUUUGGUGCGUUUAAUGUAUUUUGGGGGCCUGUUUCACGCGGGACUGUUCUGUUUCGAGGCUACCUCAGUCCUUAGCGCCCUCGUUACAGCCUGGUCAGAACAGGAUUGAGAAGUAAGGCUCCGUGGAGGACACAGGUAAACCCGUACUCCAUUCCUGUCCCACAGAACACCUAGGCUUUAUGUUAGAAUAGUAGAAUCAUAGAUUCGUUUAGGUUGAAAAAAACCUUUAAGAUCAUCGAGUCCAACCAUAAACCUAACACUGCCAAGUCCACCACUAAACCAUGUCCCGAAGCGCCUCAUCCACAGUUUUUUAAGUACCUCCAGGGAUGGUGACUCAACCACUUCUCUGGGCAACCCGUUCCAAUAUCUGACAACCCUUUCAGUGAAGAAAUUUAAAUUAAUUUAAGUUAAAUUAAUUUAAGUUAAAUUUAGACUAAGGGGAUAUGAGCACAUGCUUGCAGUUAUCCUCUACCCAAGCACUUGGUGAAAAUAGGUAUUUUGCUGAAUUGUUUGCAAACUGUUUUCACUUGGGGACACCAGACAGUCCAGGCGUAAAUCCCGGCUAUCUCAGCUUUGCUUUAGAGAGACGUCAGUGUGCCCAGAGCCAACGCAACCCCCUGCAUGAAGUCAGCGAGAGCUUCUCCAGUUCACCUCCAGCAGAGACGUUUGGAAGCAAACUUGUAUUUUGUUUAGCAGUAACUCCUGGCCGCUGCUCCGGGAAAGGAGCAACCUCUGAAUUUUAUGCAGAAAAGUUUCAGGGUGAUGUCUUUGAGUAAGUAUAAGUAAGUUACACAGUAAGUAUAUAGCAGUUUCUAAAAGCUUAAGUGGACUUGCAGGCAGCGACAGCUAGCCAGGGAGAUGGGACUAGCUGUGUGGGGCGAGAGGGAGUUUAUUAAUAGUGCUCCUCUAAUUAAACAGGAGUCUGAAGAGAAGCACGCUGCCUGAAGAUGGGCAGAGAGGCUUUGCCAGCAGAAAGCUGUGAGUGUGAUGGAGAAGCUGGGGGGAAAACAUGUUGUCUGAAAGUACUAGGGAAAGACACUUGGAGCCUGGAGAUAAACAGGAUGCCUGGCUACAAUCCACUCAUUAUCCCCCAACACUACACUGGGGUUGUUCUUUUCCGCUUCCCAAAAGGGUUACGUUGCUCUUAACCCUUUGCAGUGGUUUUGGUGGUGCCUUUCACCAGCCGAAUGGCAAGAAGUGAAAAUCCUUUCCCCUUGCUGCUCUCUACGCAAACUGCAGCGAUUUCUUAUUAAUGGCUUAAAAUAAAAUUGGUUCAUGACAGCUGCUUCACCUGUUGUUUGUAUUAGCCCUUUCCCAAUUAAUGAUCUAAACUGUCACCCACUUAAAGCUACCGUCCCAGGUCAGUCCUGUGAGCUUUUGUCCACACCAGUAAAUACUCCCGUUAGUGAGCAGAGUGUAUAGAAUAUUCCAAUCCCAGCACUCAGUUCAUUCCGAAAAUGCGAAGUAAUGGAGCUGUUUCUAUUACUGUUUUUUGGUUUUCAUUUUAAUUGUGUAUAAAGUGCACAUUUUCUUUGAAACUGAGUGUUUGUGUUAGUAGAGGAUGUCUGUUAAAGCUCUAAAUGUUCAUGUCUGUGACUGUAUUCAGUUUCAAAGUACCGGGCUUGAUUUUUCCUUUUGAAGAAGUGAUACAUGCAUUACUUUAAAAUGCUCUCUUGCUUUGGCUUAAUGUAGGCCAUUCCGAAAUAAACGUUCAGAAGAGACUUUUGGACAAAAAAUACUGAACAUAACUUGGGUUUGUCUUGUCAUUCUCUGGUUUUGGAUGCAGGUUGGAAAAAAAAAUCUA